GGGGAAGAGCAGUGUGACGUUUGUGCCACGAGCUUAACGCGGAUGGAGAAUGAAAAAAAUAAUUUGACAAUAAACCCAAAUCAGCGGCCUUCGUCAAAGUUCAGCUGGUCCACGCAGAGGAUCUUUCAUCAAUGAUACACGUUUAUCUGGACAGCGUCGCUUGAAGUUUUGACCCCGGUGACAGUUGUUUUGACUGUGAAAAUGGAGCAUAUCCGAACGCCAAAGGUGGAGCAAGUGCGGCUGAUGGAUCGUUUCAGCAACAAAUCCACAAAUGGCACACUUUACCUGACGGCAACACACCUGAUUUUUGUAGAGAGCUCCAACAACUCAUCCACAGCUGCACAAGAGAUCUGGAUUUUGCAUCACCAUAUAGCCUCAGUGGAGAAGUUAUCCUUGACCACCACUGGCUGCCCCCUGGUGCUCCAGUGCCGGAACUUCAGAAUUGUUCAUUUUGUUUUGCCAAGAGAGCGAGACUGCCAUGACAUUUAUAGCUCCCUGCUGCGUCUAUUACGACCUGUGUCUUAUGAGGAGCUCUACGCAUUCUCCUACAACCCCAAACAGAAUGACCAACAGAGGGAGGAGGGCUGGCAGCUGAUUGAUCUGAGGGCAGAGUACGAGAGGAUGGGGGUUCCUUGUGACCAGUGGCAACUUACUGAUGUCAACAGAGAUUUUAAGGUGUGUGAAACAUAUCCACGCGACUUGUACGUUCCCAUUACCGCCAGUAAGCCCAUCAUUGUCGGGAGUUCCAAGUUCAGGAGUAAAGGACGCUUUCCUGUUCUCACAUACUUUUACCAAGAAAGGAAGGCUGCAGUUUGCCGGUGCAGCCAGCCUCUCUCAGGAUUCAGCGCUCGUUGUUUGGAGGAUGAAAGCAUGCUGCAGGCCAUCAGUAAAGCCAAUCAUAACUGCCGAUUUGUGUAUGUCAUGGAUACCAGACCAAAGUUAAAUGCAUUAGCAAACCGCGCGGCUGGUAAAGGCUACGAAAAUGAGGACAACUACUCCAACAUACGCUUCCAGUUUGUAGGCAUUGAAAACAUCCAUGUAAUGAGAAGUAGCCUGCAGAAGUUACUAGAAGUGAUAGGUGCACGGUCUCUUACAAUGAGUGACUACCUUGUGGGUUUGGAGGGCUGCGGCUGGCUACGACAUAUUAAAGCCAUUGUAGACGCAGCAGUAUUUUUAGCCCAGGCGGUGACGGUGGAAGGAGCCAGUGUGUUGGUUCACUGUUCAGACGGCUGGGAUAGAACGGCCCAAGUCUGUGCUCUGGGGUCUUUGCUCAUGGACCCCUACUAUCGAACCAUUAAAGGCUUUAUGGUAUUGAUUGAGAAGGACUGGAUCUCCUUUGGUCAUAAGUUCGCUGAUAGGUGUGAUCAGCUGGAUGGAGAUCCGAAGGAAGUGUCACCCAUCUUCACACAGUUUCUUGAAUGUGUUUGGCAGCUCACAGAACAGUUCCCACAGGCAUUUGAGUUCAGUGAAUGGUUCCUGCUGCAGAUUCAUGAACAUGUCCAUUCCUGUCAGUACGGCAACUUCCUCGGUAACAAUGAGAGACAACGAGAGGAGCUGCAGCUAAAAGAGCGGACUCAUUCACUGUGGGCAUUCCUCCUGGGUGAAAAGCAGAACUACUUAAAUCCUUUCUACAACCCGGUUUACAAUGAAGAACACCCCGUCCUGGAGCCCUCCACACUGCCCUACCAUUUUAAGUUCUGGAGAAACAUGUACCAUCAGUUUGACCGAUCCAUGCAUCCACGACAGUCCAUUUUAAAGACUAUUCUGACUCUGAAGGAGAAAAGUGCUAAGGCAGAGAGCGCACUACAAGCACUGGAGAAUCGGCUCCAUCAGCUCGGCGUGACCCCCGUUGUGACCUCCGACCCUCCCGCGCUCCCUCCCACGAGAGACCAGCGCUCCAACCCCAACGCCAUGCCCCCGCGCCCCGACUCUCUCAUCCUGGGCGCCCCCGUCAACCACAAAGAAGAGCAGCGGCGAGCGGAGGAGCAGGACGAGGUGGGCGAGGACGCGCUGGAGAGCACCGACACGGAGCGGACAGUAGAGGGCAGCAGCGGCACAGAGAGCAGGAAACAGAGCUACGGAGAGUUAGAAGGGACAUACGACGAGCUGGCGAAAGAAGAGCCAGCGGUUGUGAGUCUGGAGUUUGGGGUGGCGCGCAUGACCUGCUGAGAACAGUCGGUUUUGAAGGGACUUUAGAGACCAAGUAUAAAACGCUUACUAAAUGUGUAUAAAUGAUUAUGUUCUGAUUACGCUGUGGUCCUGGAUGGGCUGAUCGAGCGAGCUUCAAUGUCUGUCUGUAUAGUCUAAAUCUAUAUGGAAAAGCACCAUUAUGUCAUAUACUGCACCUGUAGGAAAAGCUUGUUUUUUAUGAAUGUUUAAGAAGAAGCACUAUUGAAAUUUAAGGAAUAUCAGACGAGAAUAAAUCCCUCUGGAAAAUCGAA